AUGAAAGCUGAAGUUGAUAUGGCGUGUAGAUUCGUCACUAAGAUGUUGAGAGGGAACGGCAAGAUAUCAGAGAAGCAACUGGAUGCUUUUCAUAAGAAAAUGAAGGAGAUUUUGUGUGCAAGAUACAAGCACCAUUGGCACCCUCAAAAUCCUUUGUUGGGAAGCGGUUUUCGUUGCAUCAGAAUCAACCAUUCUCUCGAUCCAGUUAUUGCUGAAGCGGCCAAAGCGUGUGGCUUGCCUAACAGAGAUCUAACUCUUCCACAGGAGUUAACGCUUUGGAUCGAUCCUAAAUCCGUAGCUUUUAGAAUUGGGGAGAACGGAUCGAUCUGCGACUUAGACGACUCGAUGAUUUCCCAAGAAAAUACAACGAGCUUGCAGUCAAAAGAGGCGCUGAAUUCGAGGAAUCAAGAAUCAAGGAAAAGAAGUAGCUUUAAUAUCCUGAAUUGCACAAAAGAUGUGGUUAGUUUCCCAGUUUCAUCCUAUAUUCCAUGCUAGCAUUUUCAGAUAGAGAAGCUUUUAGAGCAAAACGAUUGUGUGCAUAGAUGAAUUUUCAGAUAUACAAAGAUAUGUAAAUUUCACGUUCUAUCGAUUAUUCACACCAUCUGAAGUUUCGUUGUUAGUGUAAAAAGAAAAGCUCGGCUUUAUUAAUUUUCGUUGGCUGGGAAACUUUUGUAACAUAAGAGCUAUGAACCUGUAUUUUUAUCUGUAUAGAAUUUUGUAAANUAAAUUUCACGUUCUAUCGAUUAUUCACACCAUCUGAAGUUUCGUUGUUAGUGUAAAAAGAAAAGCUCGGCUUUAUUAAUUUUCGUUGGCUGGGAAACUUUUGUAACAUAAGAGCUAUGAACCUGUAUUUUUAUCUGUAUAGAAUUUUGUAAAGUCUGUACAGGUUUGCUGUUCACGGCGAUAAUAAAUUGGAGUCUAUUAACAUUGAAAACAUUCAAAUCGCCUCUAUCAUUGUUUUUUUUAGCUUGUUAUAUUUGCGAAUUCCUCAUAAAAUGAUAGCAAUAUAGCAUAUUAUGGCCAAAUUAUUUAAAUUCCCUUUUGAUGCAGCAACGGAAAUCUCUGUUAUGUGUAGUAGCCUAUAUUUUCCUUGAAGCCAUAUUUGUUAUUAGAAAUGUCUUUGUUGAAUUAUUCAGCGUAAGGUUAUAU